GAAAGAUAGACCCAGCUUGUGGAACCAGACAUGGGGUUGAUGUGAUCACCAGGUAGACAGCAGCUGGUGCUGGACUGUGUGCUUGGGAUGUUAGUAUUGGGGUCCCAGAGGUGUACACAUUGAAAGUGGGAGCAUUGGCUGCGGGCUGACUCCUCACGGGUGCUGGGAGGCUCUCCUCACCUGUAUAAACCUUCUAUGGGGCUCAGAACCAUGGACCCUGGUAGAUCCAUCCCUUCCCUGGAGUUUAGGCACCUCCCUCAGGGCCUGGGAAGAAUUCUGUUGUUUCAGGAGUCAGUGACCUUCAAGGACGUGGCUGUGUACUUCACCCAGAGUCAGUGGGCCAGCCUAGACCCUGCGCAGAGGGGCCUGUACAAGGAGGUGAUGCUGGAGAAUUAUGCAAAUGUGGCUUCCCUGGCAGAAUUUCCGUUCCUCAAACCAGAUCUGAUACUCCAGCUGGAGCGAGGGGAAGCACCAUGGGGCCCAGAUCCCUGGACACUGCUUGGGGAAGAGGCCCUGAGAGGUAUAUGUGCAGGUGAUAAGACCAAGCCUGACAUUGAGGCCCCACCUCCAAAACUGAACAUUUCUGAAGAAUCAGAGUCCCCUCGACUGAUACUGGCGAGGCUGCUGAUGGAUGUCCCCCAGCAUCCUCACUUCAAGGACAGGGUAGAGAAGCCACACGUUUAUGAUACAGGGAAGAAGACGAAGUCAAAGAAAGGAGAUUUUGCAGAUUUGAGAGCCCAGGAUGGUAAACCCACCACCGUUGACAGGGAGGAGAUAGCCAGGAAAUUGGAAAGAAGCAGGGGUACCAGCACCCAUCUCAUUACAAAGCAGAGCCUUCCUAGAGAACAGGUGUUUUAUAAAUGUGGUGAGUGUGGCAGAAAUUUCAGCCAACAUUCAGACCUUCACCAGCACCAGAGAAUUCACACUGAUGAGAAGCCCUACCAAUGCAAAGAAUGUGGGAAAGCCUUCAGAUGUAACUCAAAGCUGUCACGGCAUCAGAAAAUCCACAGUGGGGAGAAACCUUACUCAUGUCAGGAAUGUGGGCAAGCCUUCAGUCAAAAUUCCCACCUCCUUCAGCAUCAGAAACUUCAUAGUGGUGAGCAGCCCUACAAAUGUAAGGACUGUGGGAAAACCUUCAGCUACAACUCAAAACUGAUUCGGCAUCAGAGAAUACACACUGGGGAGAAACCCUUUAAAUGUAAGGAGUGUGGGAAGGCGUUCAGGUGUAGCUAUGACUGCAUCAUCCAUGAGCGAAUUCACACUGGGGAGAAGCCCUAUGAAUGUCAGGAGUGUGGGAAAAGAUUCAGUUCUAAUUCAGUCUUGAUUCAGCAUCACAGGAUCCACACUGGGGAGAAACCUUACAAAUGUAAAGAGUGUGGCAAGGCCUUCCGCCGGAGUUGGGUAUUUCUUCAGCACCAGAGGCUCCACACUGGGGAAAAACUCUAUAAAUGUAAUGAAUGUUGGAAAACUUUCAGUUGUAGCUCACACUUUAUAGUACAUCAGAGAAUCCACACUGGGGAAAAACCAUUUAAAUGCCAGGAGUGUGGGAAGGCAUUCAAUCAGAAAACCACCCUGGUUCAGCAUCAGCGAGUUCACACUGGGGAGAAACCUUAUGAGUGUAAGGUGUGUGGGAAAGCCUUCAAGUGGAGUGCAAGCUACAUUCAACAUCAGAAGUUACACACUAGGAAGACACCUGUCCAAGUCAUAGCACCAUCCCCAGUGGAGCCCCACUGCCCCUCUGAAGUGCUUUCCCCUCAGCCUCCCCAAUGUGCGUGUUCUGCCCCGACCAUCCCAGGGUCUCCCCCAUCAUCUCCACAUGCAGUACUGCUUCCACCCUCGAUGUCUCUCUUCAUACUGUUCCCCUCAUCUGAAAUGGCCACUUCUUCACCUGUCCAGAUAGUACAUUUCUUUCAGGAUCUUGCUUCUCCUGAAACUCACUCCCUGUGAUCUCCCUCUUCUCAACUCCCAUUGUACCUUGAGUUGUCUGGAUCAUGUCUUUGUGUGUACUCUUCUGGUCUUAUGUAAGUUAUUAUUGCUUUCCCAACUCCAUUUUAAUUUCUCACAAUUAAGGACUAUGUUUGAUUACUCUCUUUUAUCCCCUGGGUAGGUAGUGGCAGUAUUUGUUCUUUAUAUUGUCCAGUUUUGACCAUCAGUUUGCACCUGCCUUCUGGGGCUACUGGAGUUGGAAGAGUUUGCAGAACAUUUUGGGUUUUAGGGGAUUAUGACAUUACAGUGAGAUGGACCAUUGUAAUUAGAGAAAUAGGAGAAAUGCAAAGCCCCUAGCAGGAGGUUAUCAUAAAGUCUCCAGCGAUUACUUCUAGGAUUUAAGGAAGGCCAUUUGGUGGGUCAGUGAGGCUCACUGUGGGGAUUCUGAGCCCUGGAAUUUUUAUUACCCUGAUAAUGACCAUUAUGAGGUUCCUGUGUAACUGCGAUAGACCAAGAAAAUAAUCAGCAAAAAAAAUAUGCAGUGGUGAGUACACACAGAAAGCAAUAUGAAAAAUUAUGUUCUUAAACUUGAUUGGGAGGGGAUGUGAUUCUUCUGUGUGGGUUCCUUUUUAUUCCCAUCCAGAUGACUAAUUUCAGUGCCCAUUCAAAUAUGUAGGGACCUAUACUAAUAGUCCAUAGGAGCCCU